CUUAAAUUAUAACAUUUCUAAUCUAAUUUAAAUGUUUCUAUAUUUUCUAAAAGUAACUGACUGACUUCUCAUGAAAUCCUCUCAUUUUUUUUUUUUUUUUUGGGGGGGGGUUAUCUGUUUACAAUCGGAGACGAUCACAGCGCCUCAGCCAGAGCUGACAUCUCUCAUUUUGGAGGCCACGUGACGAGCAGACAGCUGGACUCGGGUCGCCGCGGCGCUCGCUGACAUCACUCGGACAUUGAGCGCCAGCGCCCAAGUCGUGUCGAUGUCAGCGGGGAGAGAAAGCUGCUUUGAGUCGUAUGGUUUCCUCUUUAAACUGUAGCCACCAACAACGUCGCUUGCAGCGUAACCACACCCCCCACUUGCAUGCACACACGCACGCCCACCCCCAUACACACACACACGCACACACACACACACACCCCCAUACACACGCGUGCGCGGCUCAACUGGGGCCUUUUUUUAACGCCACAAAAGCAAGGAUGUAUGCGUUUGUAAGUGAGAGUGUGAUAAUAAUAAGAGGCUGCACAUGUUCUUCUCCACGAGGUUGUAACGAGGAAAUAAAAAUAUACAUAUUUUAAUGAUUGAAAUGAAUCAGAUCUUGUUUGCUUUGCACCUGUUCCUGUCUGAGAGCGACGCAGAGCGAGAGUCUGGGGGUGCAGCCGCGCCUUCUCGCCCUGCCGUGCAUCAGGUGUCUGCAGCAACAUGGAGUAUCAGCCUGCGAGCCGAGAAAGAGAAAGUCCUCCUUCGCCUACCGUGGUGUGCUCUCAGGCACUCCAUCAGAGCCCUCCCAGCCUCGGGCUUUGCACUUUUACUUCCACCCCCCCGUCUUCUUUUGUGGCCGUUCCCUCUUCUCAGAGGCACACCAAAAGAGAAAAUAAGGCGAAAGAAUGAGCAAAAAAAAAAAAGAAUGACGAAGACUUUAACUUUGAACAUGCCUCUGUAAAGUUUCAAAAUGUUUGGAAGGAGAGGAACAUCGAGAAGCAGCUUUACUGAAGGAGCAACUCAAGUGAGGCAACAGCUGGCUGUGGGAUGUGUUCAUAGAGGAGAGAAGAGAUAAAAAAAAAAACUGUAAAGUUGAGUAGUGAGUUCAUUUGGACCUUCUGGGUGUAUAAAAUGUAUGAAAUGCCAUAACUGAGAGCGGGGAGGCCACAGUGUUAGGAUGUAGAUCUAAGCCUCUUUUUUUCUGGUUUGGAGGGAGCUUUUCUUAUUCAAAACAGCCCCACAAAAGACUUCCAGUGAGCUCUGCCACAUCCCCAUCUGACUUGGGGCCAUUCAUCAGCCUUCCAAGCCUAUCAAUGACAUGUCCCCAUCAGGGCUCCUAUAAAAUCAGCCCCUUUCCCAUGAAACAUCAGCAAACAUUUUGACGGGUCUGGCUUUCCCCCCGCUGGAUUUCUGGAGUCUCCUGCUCCCUUCUUUGCACCCACCGCCCCCCUCCAUCCCCUCUCUCUUUCUCCCUCCCUCUCUCUCUCCCUCCUCCACCAACACCGCCCUUCUCCGGGCGAACCCCAGAGCCUCAACAUCUCCCGUGACGGGCAGUGGUCAGGGAGCCUUAGGACGAGCCGAGAGGAGAUCAUCGGAGGAGGGGGACAGAGAGCGUGCACUGAGCCAUUUUACUCGGAGGAGCCGGCGUCGUUGAUGGGAAGAGGAUGCACUGCGGGCUGCUGGAGGAGCCGGACAUGGAUUCCACAGAGAGCUGGAUCGAAAGGUGCCUCAAUGAGAGUGAGAGCAAGCGAUACUCCAGUCACACGUCUCUGGGGAACAUGUCCAACGACGAACAUGAGGAAAAGGAGAAUAACAGAGCGACUAAACCACAUUCAACACCAGCUACUCUGGAAUGGUUAGAGGAAAACUACGAAAUAGCAGAAGGUGUGUGCAUCCCCAGGAGUGCGCUCUACAUGCACUACCUUGACUUCAGCGAGAAGCACGACACGCAACCUGUGAACGCAGCGAGCUUUGGAAAGAUUAUAAGGCAGCAGUUCCCAGCACUGACAACCAGAAGACUGGGGACAAGAGGACAGUCCAAGUACCACUACUACGGGAUUGCUGUGAAGGAGACGUCCCCGUACUACGAUGUGAUGUACUCCAAAAAGGGGGCGGCGUGGGUGAACGAGACGGGGAAGAAAGAGGUCACGAAGCAGACAGUGGCGUAUUCACCGCGCUCCAAGCUGGGGACGCUCCUGCCAGAGUUUCCAAAUGUCAAAGACCUAAAUUUGCCUGCCAGCCUGCCAGAGGAGAGGGUGUCAACGUUCAUCAUGAUGUACAGAACUCACUGUCAGAGGAUACUGGACACGGUUAUCAGAGCCAAUUUUGACGAGGUCCAAAGUUUCCUGCUGCACUUCUGGCAGGGCAUGCCGCCCCACAUGCUCCCUGUCCUCGGCUCCCCCACUGUGGUCAACAUCGUCGGUGUUUGUGACUCCAUCCUCUACAAAGCCAUCUCCGGGGUGCUGAUGCCCACCGUCCUGCAAGCACUACCUGACAGCUUGACUCAGGUUAUUCGGAAAUUUGCCAAACAGCUUGAUGAGUGGCUUAAAAUAGCACUUCAUGACCUUCCUGAAAACCUGAGGAACAUCAAAUUUGAACUGUCGAGGAGAUUCUCCCAGAUUUUGAAGCGGCAAACGUCAUUAAACCAUCUCUGUCAGGCAUCUCGGACCGUGAUAAACAGUGCCGACAUCACCUUCCAAAUGCUGGAGGACUGGAGGAACGUGGACCUGAACAGCAUCACCAAGCAGACACUUUACACCAUGGAGGACUCGCAGGAGGAGCACAGGCAGCUUAUUAUGCACUUGUAUCAGGAAUUUGACCGCCUGUUGGAAGAGCAGUCUCCAAUUGAGGCCUACAUCGAAUGGCUGGACUCCAUGGUGGACCGCUGUGUCGUCAAGGUGGCGGGGAAGAGGCCCGGCUCGCUGAAGAAGGUGGCCCAACAGUUCCUGCUGAUGUGGUCGUGUUUUGGUACCAGAGUCAUCCGGGAUAUGACCCUGCACAGCGCGCCCAGCUUUGGGUCCUUCCACCUGAUCCACCUCAUGUUUGAUGAUUACGUUCUCUACCUGCUGGAGUCGCUGCACUUCCAGGAGAGGGCCAACGACCUGAUGAGGGCCAUGAAAGGAGAGGGGAGCACAGCAGAGCAAGAGGAAGAAUUCACGCUGACAGAAACCAGCCCCACCUCCCCAUCUCCGGGGUCCUACUCUCCCGCCCGCUCCGUCCAAUCGGUGGACGUCUCGUCGGCCAGCUCCCCCACUGCCGCCCUGUCCCCAGAGUACACAGGGGUCACCGCUUCCACAGGCGCUGUUCAGUCAUAUACCUGGUCCCUUACAUACACAGUGACCACAGCGGGCGGCUCCGCUCCGGAGGCUGGGCAGCAGCUGUCCUGCAUGAGGAGCAGCGCUCCCGUCCCACCGCCGUCCUCCGCCCACAGGAUGCCGGUGUACGCCCACAGGGAGGAGCACGGAUACAGCGGUAGCUACAACUAUGGCAGCUACACCAACCAGCACCCCCACUCCAUCCAGAGCCAGUACCCGAGCCUGGCUCACGAGCCGGCCAUCCCUGCCCCACUUCACUACUCCGCCUACCACCGCUCCUCUGCACAGUACCAGCUCAACAGCCAGAUGCCCCGAAUGGAGCCGUGCCUGAUGGGCAGCACUCCUCGGUUGCACCCUGCACCCAUCGCCCCCCGCUGGCCAGAUGUGUCUCCUGCUAACAGCUGUUACUCCAGCCCGCCUAUGCAUUCCUCUCGCUAUGCCACCUCUGGGGACAUGUACUCUCCUCUCGGCCCUCGCAGAAACUCAGAGUACGAACACUCUCAGCAUUUUCCAGGCUUUGCCUACAUCAACGGAGAGGCCACUACAGGCUGGGCCAAAUAGGGUUUGAUAACUCCUUACCUGAUAAACCGGCAGCUGCAGUCUCUGAACUCUCUCAAAGACAAAGAGGAAAGGGAAAGAAAUGGAGGCCGGACUGACAAGUUUGAAGAGGUGUGUUACAUCGGUCGCCCUGAUGAUUGUGGUGUCACCCGACCAGAUCUCCGAUUAAUCAUUUCCUCCAUCAAACACUUGAUGGAGGAAAACAAAUCAUAUUGAUUGUCUGAACCUGCAGCAAAAUCAUAUAAAGAGUGCAAUGCUGCUGCCAAGCUGUGCCUUUGUUUUAAGGAAUGUACACCUCAGCCAGAGUUGCCCUUGCUGCUCUCAGUGCUGUGUUUGGAUACCGGUGCAGCUGCAGGUUUUCCUGCAGGCGUUGCUCAGCACUGUUGCAGCAUCUCGUCGCGAUGAGCUGCACCGCCUUAACCAUCUCCUGGGACUCCAGGUCUGUGACUCUGAGCUGACAACCAUCACGUGUUUCCAUCUCAGAUAGUUAACUUAAACACAACACAUGUAUCCUGUCGCAAGCUUUUCUGCUGUUUUUCUGUGACUAUAUAUCUAUAAAGAUAGGUAUAUAUAUAUAUAUAAGUUUUUCUGUAACUUUGUAACAUGGUGUAAUGCUAUAUUUUCUAUGUCGUCUCUGUUUUGUAUGGUUAGUAAAGGAUGCAUUAACUUAGGGUUGUGUGUUUUAUAAUGCACUCAAAGCUACGGAGGACCUAUUACCCUAUGGGUAUUUAUUAAAAAGGGAAAUAUCAAAGUGUACAGUAACAUGAAGUCACUUUUCUGUAAAUAAAAAGCACUGGAGAGCAUCUGUGGUGACAGUUAAAUUAUGUUGGAAAUAUUCCGCCCUCAUAAAUAAUUCAACAAUUCAAAACAGCGAGUCAUUUUUUUUUCUGCUGUUUUCAUGAGUUUUAUGUUGAGAAAACCCAACACAUAGCCACUUUUUGUUCAAAUAUACAUAAUAGCGUAUUUGGCCUUCACAUAGUUCUGUUCUGGCUUUGGUCACACCUAAAACAAUACCAACAAGUUUAGGAUCAGACCAGUGUACCCAAAGUAAAUAGUUACAUUUGUUAAAGGAAAAGGCCAAAAUGGUGCCCUUGUUAAAUCCAGGAAAAACUGUCUGACUGCAUUUUUUGGAAAAUUGUUUCUUUUUUUCAGUCGCCACACCUAAAGCCUGAUUGUUGCCAGAGUUGUAGAGAUAAGAAGUUACUUAAACGAAACCUGUUUGACAACAUGAAGUCACAAAUAAAAGAGAAUGUGGGACAGUCACCAACUAACCAAAAUCACUCAGAAUCCUUUGGCAACUAAACCAAGAAGGUCACAAAAGAACCCAAACAAUAUGUGAAGCAAAACUGGCUUCACUCUUCUCAGUUAAGAGCUGCGUCUAUGAUUAAACAGUAAGAAAGAGAAACUGGGCAGAAACUGCAUCCGUGUUACAGUGAUCAUACAAAAUCCUGGCGAAUGCCUUCCAAAAAACAUCUUGAUUAACCUCAGCACUUUUGGCAAAAUACUACAUUAACUGAUGAGAAAACAAUGGAUUGCUUUGUAAAGUGUGCAUCUUAUUACACCUAAUGUAAAACUAAGAUGAUUUCAGAAAAAUGUCAUCACACCAUCAGUUAAACACAGUUGUGCUGGUAUAAUUUUCUGGGACUGAUUUGUUGCUUCAGGAUCCCGGACAGCAUCAUGAUGGAACCAUGAUUUACGCCUUUAGCUAGUAAAUCUUGAAUAUGUUUGUGACCUUAAGCUCAUUAGAGUUAUGUAGCAGGACAAUCCUCCAAAGCACCAAAAAACUUUAUCUUUAAAUCAGAUUUAGAUGCUGUGGCAUCACCAGAAACUGGCCGGCCAUUAAAGAAAACCUGGUGUGAUCAAAUGUGAAACAAUCCUGCAAAGAAGAGUAGGCCAGAUUCCACUACAUCAAUAGAAAAUACUGAUCACCAGUUAUCACAAAUGCUUAUCACGUCUUGAACUGAACAAUUUUACCAACCAUUAUUCAUUCAUUUUUAAGCUGCUGCAAGAAAAAUAAACUAUUGAUUUACUCUGCAAACAAAAGACUUUGUAGUUACUAGAUACUUUGCAAAUCCUGUUAUUAAAGAAACGAAGAAGCCAGGUUCCAAUGUGUCCUUGAUACUUUGUCAUUAAAUACUAAAAACUGUUUUCUGUCGGUGAAAAAACUGUUUGACCACCUAUGAACUCUGAAAAUUACAGAUUAUAAACUAUAAGACCAAUCUCA